AUGGAACGCAUUUCCUCCGAUAAGGGGUUUCAAGCCGUAGCCCAUGGAAAGAUAUAUCGAUUGGUUCCCAAUUGUUUCUUCACUGCUGUAAGUUCGAGGAGAAAUUUGAAUGAGGCGGAGAUAGAAGAGGCGGCUAGAUUAUUACAGAAAGUGGAAGAGGUCCGAUUGUCUCAAUCAAGAACGGAUAACAGAAGGUGGAAAAUGGAAGCAUCAGGAUUGUUCACAUGCAAAUCCUAUUGUUCCUUCUUGAGUAACAAUGGGAUGAUGCAAUACUUCCAACCCCAUUCACAGAUUUGGAAAUCCAAAGUUCCUCCGAAGGUUAAGAUUCUUGUAUGGUUGGCGGCCAAAGGGAAGCUCAACACUUGUGACCAAAUUCAAAGGAGAAGCCCUUUUAUUUGCUUAUCCCCACAAUGGUGCAGUUUGUGCAAAGCAAAGGAGGAGAGUGUAAACCACAUUUUUCUCCAUUGCUCUUACACGAUUCAGCUGUGGUGGAAACUGUUUCAGGAGGUUAGAGCUAGUUGGGUCAUUCCAAAGGGUUGUUUCGAGCUUCUAAGCACCAAGUUUCAGGCCCUAGGAAGUGGGAGGAAAGCUAAAGCUUUGUGGGGUUGUCUGGUCUCGGCAGUUUUUUGGAACAUUUGGCUGGAGCGUAACAAAAGAAUUUUUGAGGAUUAUACAGGUGUGGGGGUAGAAGUACUUUGGGGAAGAGUAAAAUAUUGGGCAGCCCUUUGGGCGUCAGUCUCAAAUGUUUUUAAUAACUACUCUAUUUCUCAAUUACUGUGGGAUUUGUUAGCAGCAGUAAAGUGA